AUGUGCGGUAGCGGCGGUGGAGGCCAGCCUCACAGCGCGCUUGACGGCGUCGAGAGACCGACACCGCGCGUGUCGAAUCCGUUCCUUUCCGUGUCCCAACUCCGCCCUGCGCCGCCUCGCGAAAUCUUCACGCUUCCUCCGUUCGAUGCCCGCCUGCUCGAAGCAGGAAACGGAAAAGCGCACAUCUUUGCCUUCCCAGGAGAUGCGGCGACGCGGGCGAGAAAGGCCUGCGGCCUGUCCUCUCUUCCCUCCCCUUCUUCUCGUCUCGAGACGCAAGCGCCCUCGAGACGGGGGCCAGCUUUGUUUGCGCGGAAGACGCCGUUCCUUUCCUCGAAUCUGCCGGAUGACGAGAGAGGCGUGCGGGAAGACAGCGAAUUUUUCGGCGUUUCCCUCGCUGACGACAUCGACGCCUUGUCGUCAGCUGCUCUCUUGCGUCGCCAACAGAGAGAAGCCGAUACCGCGUCGCCCCCUGUCUCCGAAGAAGAGGAAGAAAUCUUCCCCGCCGUAGACGCGAGGCGGUCGAGGACAGAUUUUCUUUUUCGGGCGUCGGCGGGCGCAAAACGCGGAGACGCGCGGUCGCAGACGGCUCCUGAUGCCGCGGACCUUGCGGCGAGUUGGGGCGACGAUGCAGUGUCUCUGGAGGACGAGGCUCACAGGCGGAGACAGGAGAGGGGUAGAGACCGAGGGCGCGACAGCGAGGCGGAGCGCGAAGAGAAGAGACAGCGCCGGGAGGACGAAGCUCUCGGCCGCUUCAAGGUCGGAGACACCGCUCCUGAACUGUCGCUCACCGAGCACUAUUACCACAACAUGCCGUUGCCGCCCCCGCCUCCGGAAGACCCCGAUGACCCUCUCCCCUUCCCCAUGGACUUUAUCAGUGAGGAGGAGAAGCAAGACAUCCGGCGAAUGCCCACGAAGGAAGAGCGAGAGGCCGAUCGAAAAGACUACUUUGGGUCCGACAACGUUCGCGCCUACCACCUGUACAACCCGCACUGGACGCCCUACGAAGAAAGCAACUACCGACCGUCGCACAACUUGGAAGCGACGGCAGUCGGCGACUUCGGGCAGAGCCCGCGGCGGCCGAUGCGCGAAAGCGACAUGGCGCAGCCCUCGGUGCCGUUCGGCUGGCGCGUCUACGCGGCGGUUUGUCUUACGAAGUUGCCGCUCCUUCUAGCGGACUACGAAGCGAGGGUGGAGGCGCUUCUGGGCGAGGAGAAGAAGCAUUUCCAGGAGCAAACGAUUUGGACGCAGCUGGACAGGAAGCCGGAGGCGUAUGGAGUGUCGCGGCCUCGCCUGCCGCUCCCGCAUCCGCCCUACCAUGUCUGGGAGACGUCGAUCCACCCGAGGCUCCAGUUUCCCUUCAUCGUUUGGGCCCGACUGUCUGCGCGGCUCUGCAACAGCUCGGCGAAGAUGCUCGAGAUGUUUCGUCUCCUGUCGCUCGAAAAAGAAAAGCGCGAAAACCGAUUUUCGUUCCAGCGAACGGGACAGGGCAUUGCCAUCGGCGACUACUUCAUCUUCGCCGCGCCGACGCUCCACCACGCGGUCCGCUUUCUCGAAUCGAAUCCAAAGCACAAAGCAGCGCCCGGUCGCUCGCCGGCUCUCGCCCUGUUGCAGGAGAAACAGCUGCGCUAUUUGUGUCGGAGCAACUGCGUGGAGCGGCGCUCUUUCCUGUUUUUUCCUCGACCGGACUCCGUGGAAACGCUCUUGCUUCCUCCCGAGCAACUCCUGCCGAUGACGCCUGAACAGAACGCGCGGGUGUUUCAGCGCUGGAAACGCCGCACGGCCAAGGCGCGCGCCGCCGCCGCCGCCGCGGAGACUGUCGUGGACAUUUUGAAGCGCACUCUACCUCGUCUUCCAAGCAGCCACGACGACCUCACAAGAGCCGUCUGCUGGAAGGCUCUCCACGAAGCCCUCACGCAGCCGUCUCAGUCCCCUUCUUCUUCGCCUUCUCAACCUUUUCCAGCGUCGACGUCUCCAUCUGCUCUCUCCGCUCAGCCUCCUGCCUUUCCCUUUUCGUCUCUGGAAGACAAAAGGGCGGCGUUCUUCUUCUCCGUAGUGCAGCGAGCGGUGGAGGCGGCACUCAAUUCUCACCCGGCGUUCGCAAACACGUGCGAGACAUCCGGGGCAGACGCGAGCAGCUCGGGAGAAGGUGGGGACUUCCAGCACCCCCGCACUUCGCAGGCCGCAGACACUUCGCCACCACAGCGAGAAACCUCCCGAGGCGCCGCCGGAAACACCCCGGCUCGGCCAGACGGUGUCGCGCAGGGAGGACGGUCUUCAGGUGAAGGUGGAGAUCGUGCAUGCACUCUGCCUCCCCGAGACGACAAGCAGCCUGAAGAGGCCAGGGAAGCGGCGGCCCGCGUGGACGGCGAGACGGAAGACGGGGCGGAGGGUCGGGACGGAUUUCGAGGUCCGGCGUGCCGACGAGGCGACCGUGGGUUGGAGGAGAACGCACAAGAAAACUUCGAACUGUCUGUGAGCGCUGCGGCGACGUUCGUUCUCGGCCUCGUUGCCGGCGAUGACGGCAAAGGCGGCUCCAUCGCUGUGGCAACGGAACUCGCAAAGCUCGGGUUGUCCCAAGACAAAGGCGACAUGGAAAUGCACACGCAAGACGAAUGCGAAGCGCGACCAGCGCACGCACAACACAAACGGGACCUCACGGCUUCGCAAGCCGAAAACAGGCACAACAGGGGGAAAACGAAACACGGCAAACGAGACACACCAACGUCUCCUUCCUCUUCUUCCUCUUCUUCGGCGUUCGUUUUGUCGGCGUUGCAGUCUGUGGCGGCUUCUGCAGUCUCUGCGCGUGUGGCGGAAGAUCGUCUGUUGUCGGCGUCUCGCGCUCGGCACCUCCGAGAGUUGCAGCGCAGCCCGCUGUGGCUGUCGAACCCUCACAGUCCGCUCGCAGGGGAGAAGUCGGCGGCAGUGGAGGCUUUGCUAUUCUUCGCCGAAGACGACGAGGAGGCGCGGGACUUCUCGCGGCGCCUCCCGUACACGCGCGGCGGUGUGUAUCGCUCGCUGUUUCUGGCGCAUGCAGUCAAGGUGGAUUUUUACGGGAAAGCGCGGGAGAUGAUGAUGCCGAACCCGCGCCACACGAAGCUGGACGAGGACGAACUCGAGGUGGACGAAGAGGCCUUCUGCCCCGAGAAGGUCGAUCACGCCGACUGGCUGAUCCAAAACAAGUUCAACGUCACCGAGGACGCCGCACACGACCUCGACAAACCGUUCUACAGAGACUACUUGAAAGAUUGGGUGUAUUUGCACCUUCCCGAGGGGCAUUAUCUCGCCGAGCCUUUCCACGCGACCGGCCAAGACGAAACCGGAGAUAUCCCAGAUCCGCCACUCAUGACGGCCUUGGCGGCGAAUCGUGUGGAGGACCAUGCGCGCGAUUAUCGCCCCGGCGUUUGGUUGUAUAAGCCGGAGACGAAGAUUCUUUACAACGACACGGAGACGGGUGCGUUGUUAAUUGGCAGCGGCUACGAUGGGACGUAUUCGUGGGAUAAACCCGUGAGCAACGAGACGAUGACGCGAGCCUUGAUUCUGAUGGAGAUGGCAGCCGAGCACGUCCGAAAGGGACACUUCACCUGGACGGACGAUCACUGGAGCUACACCUCGAAGCGCCCCAACUUGGAGACACACAUGUCUCACGAAGAAGAAGCUCGCAUGAAGUGGGGCUUGGAAGACUUUGAUCUCGAUCCCGACGAUCUCGACGCCGGCAUGGAGUAUUUGAACCCAGAGCUGCUGAAGAGCCGGCCACCGGAGUACCAGCGCCUAGUGGAGGAUCCCGAUGUCGCGCACAACAUCCACCAGGACUGGCUGAGGCGCGUCGACCGCGGAGAAGCGACCCUGAACGAAGAUCCCUUCCGUCUGUCGCCGGAGCAAAUCGACCUGCGAGAGAAGUUCAAGUCCCUCAAAGAACUCGAAGACGACGAGGCAGAUCUUCCAGAAGUAACGCUGUGGAGAGAUGAGGGCGAGUGA